AUGCCAGGUCCAGGUUCUGGUUGGAGGAGGAGCAGCGGCUCCUUCACGUUGCUCUGUCUCGGUGUGUUAGUGUUCCGUGCCGUGCCGGGCCGGGCGGACUGCCGGGCCGCUGGCCUGUGCUGCUCCGGCCGGGACCCGUCCUGCACCAGUGAGGGCUGGAGGUCCGACCGCUCCUACGGGCCCUGCUACUGCGACCAGGCCUGCGUGUCCACCCGGGACUGCUGCCACGACUAUGAGACCGCCUGUCCCGCGGUGUCCUGCGUGGUGAGCGAGUGGACGCAGUGGUCCGGCUGCGCGGAGCCGUGCAGGGCCACAGUGCGCAGGCGGAGCAGGGUCAUCGUGCAGGAGCAGCUCAAUGCUGGGAAACCCUGUCCCCACCUGGAGGAGCACGCUGGCUGUGCAGAGUACUGGUCCAACCAAGGGAACUGUCACAGCUCGCUGGUUCCAGCUCUUAUAACCACAGGUGGCUACGGCAACACCAGGAAGAAAAGAGACCUCCUCCUCAACAGUGGCGACAUUAUCGGGUACUGUGUCCAGUUUCAGUUGACCUCUCUGACUAAAGGGUGCCAGGAGAGUCUGGGCCCACACACCCGGUGGAUGCAGUACCUCCGGCAGGGCCACCAUGUGUGUGUGAAGUGCCAGCCGCCUGCUCUGGCUAACGGACAGCAACACUGUGCUGGAGACGGUGAGGAAAGCCUCCACGACAGGAGACAGUCUCUCCAGUGGCAGGCGGUGGGAAACCCUCGAUGCAAGGGAGUCUGGAGACGCGUGGGGAGGGUGGAGGCCUGCUCCUGCCCAACAGCCCACAGCUUCCUCUUCAUCUGA